GAUGCCACUCACCCGCUGUCCAAAAUGCCCACGGUUGGAUCCCCUUGUGAGGUGCACAACGAAAAGGACAGAGAAUGGCAACUUUGGCCGUGAGUUCGUGAAGUGCGAAAGCAAGGCGCAGGCAGGAAAGGCUCUUAAACAAUGCCACUUUUUUAUGUGGUUGGAUGAGUAUAUUGCGGCACUAGGCAUAUGCAGGGAUGACAUGAUGACCGGAGCAGCCCCGGAACAAGCCGUCGACAGUAGGGCAUAUGUGGCUACCGACACACUUGCUGCCGAACUAAAGAACAUGAAUGCCAACCUUGCCGAACUAAAGAUCAUGAAUGCCAACCUUGCCGAACUGAAGAAAAUGAAUGCCGACCUUGCCGAACUGAAGAACAUGAAUGCCGACCUUGCCGAACUGAAGAACAUGAAGAAAUUGUUUAAAGUCUUUUAUAUUUCUUUGAUAUCUAUCGGUGUGCUUUUUCUUAUGAUGAAUCAUUGAAAACAUCUCGCUAUAAAUUGCUUAGCACUGUGAUGCCACUGUUGUUUAGG